AUGUUUACUUCUGUUGAGUCGACAGAUCAUUGGCUUUACUGCUUGGAUCUUAACAAGUUUAUCUAUGAGAAUCAUAAUGAUGAUGUUGGUGGUUCAACAGCAGCACCCUCUGAGCUCGACUUUGUUUACAAUCAACUUCCGUAUGGUGGACUUGAUUUUGUUCCCUCUACCCAUUAUUCCUACCAUGGCUUGUUCUUUUCCCAUUAUUGUUCUGGCUGCUUCAGAUUCAGUUUGAUCGACUAUGAAACCAAGGAAUCAGAGUACCUCCCAGACGCAAAAAUAAGGAGACUAACAAUCGAGCCUGGAUUUGAUUACUGGCACUUAUAUGGAGUUGGAUUAUUUGAUUACUCCACAAAUGGAUACAAGGUGAUUAAGGGGCAGCAAUAUAAUGAUGGAGUUGUGUUUAGUGUCUAUACUUGGAACCCUACAUGUUCAGGUCCUCGGCGAAAAAUUGAGCACUUGUUUCCCUACAGAGUUUUACGUAGUCAUGGUGGUCAUGGGAUCCUGGUGAAUGGUGAAGUUCAUUGGUUGGCGACGAAGAAGGUUGGACAGGAAUCAUUGGUGAUGAUUAUAUCUAUCAUUUUAGCAGAGGAGAAGGUUAGAGAAAUUGCAAUACCGCCUAAUGCUCCUACUGGUUCCAUUGAACUAGGGGAAUUCAGAGAUUGGCUAUGCAUAACAUCAGCUGGAUACGGAACAUGUAAUGAGUUUUGGGUGAUGAAGGAAUAUGGAGUGAGAGAGUCUUGGACUAAAAUGCAGUCUCUAUACCAUAUUACAAAUUAUCACAUUCUGGUUUCUGGACGGAUACUCAUGACCUGA